UUCUUCUUACCGAGGCGGCAUGCUAUAGAGUAAGAGUAGUUUCUUAUGUCUUAUAUUUUUCAAUUACAAUAAUGUUUUCAUAUUUUACUAGAUUAUAACACUCAUGGCUGUCAGAGCUAACCCAAUCUGAGGCUCUGGUCUUGGUUCUUCCAGAUAUGCAAAAUCCAAGAUUAGGAAAACGUAGAAGAUUCUCAUAAUUACUAGAAUCCUCAAUUCUCUUCUGAGAACAGUGAUGAGAAUAGGCAAAUGAGAGCUGUGUUCUCAAUUUUUUCAUUGUUUUCGAUUUUUUUGCCGUGUGAUGGACAAGUCAAAAUAUUGAAGUCCGCCUCAUUUUCUCUCUUGGCGACUCCGUGUCUCAUUGCUACUUUUCAAACUUGUUAUUGACGUUUACUAAUGGUCCUUUAAACUAUACCAAAAUAAGAAAGUGAAAAUAAUGUUCUUGUUUAUGAAGAUAGUGUUAUAUUUUCUAUGUAUUUUUAAUUAAUUCAUGACAGAAGGUGUAAACCUUAAAAAAUAUUAAUUGAUAAAAUAAUUUUCUUGAAUUAAUACUGAUGAGAAUCAUAUGAAAUUAUUCGGAAUAAAAAUGAUGUACUUAUAACUAAAAUAUUAAUUUAUAGUAUAUGGAAAUUUUCAAAAAAUAUUAUUUAGAAACAUAAGGGAUAUCAUUUAACAAAAUAAAAAUCGAAUAUAAUAGUAGCUUUUUGGUUUAUGUAACUAAAACAUCAUUUUGUUAUUAUGCAUUUAUAAUUUUUACUAAAAUUUGAGCUCAAUUAAUUUGUGAAUUAUAGUUUUUUUUUGUUAAAAGUGAGUUAUAGUUAAUGCAAUAGUAUUUGGUAGUUCUUCAUAUGCCUGCAUGGACGUAGCGAUCUACGAAAAGAAUUAGCCAACUUUCGUACAUGAUUAACUAGUAUUGUGAUAUUGUCAUUCAGCAUGUAAUCAACUACUUACUAUAAGCUGGUGCUGCUCAAAUCAUGAAAACCUAACUUUAUAAUUUUCAGACAUUGAUAUGAAUAAAAUCCUCACUCAUGGUACACUGCUGUAAUAGUAUUAUUACAUACGCGAAAAAACUAACUAGUCUUUUUUUAUUCCAUAAACAAAGAUUCAGUUAAAACUUAAAACUAAAAACGACUAUAUGCAAAUAUUCAUCACUUAAUUCAAUAGGCCCAGUUUAUACAUUAGAACAGUCUUCAUUAUUUUCCGUUGACCCGUCCUCCACUCCAUAAUAUAACAGCCAUAAAUUAAGAAUAAUCUUCUCAUUAUUUUCCGUUGACUCUUCUUCUAUUCAAACUGCGCGAUAAUAAAUGACAAACUAUGGCGCGAUUCCAACCUCGUCUCGUGCAUCACCGUCACCACCGGUGGUUGAUGUCGAGUCUCUAUCGAGCGACAACAACCAAUGCACCGCGUGCGCCAUGCCCCGUCGUCCUUGGGGAGUGAUGUUCGACCUCCACUCCAUGGGACUUCCUCACGGCAUCUCCGAUGCUUCCUCCAGGUUCAAAACGAACUACAACUACUUCCGGACGAACUACGGGAUCUUCUUUUCCAUCAACUUCUUGAUAGCCUUCUUCGGCAGUCCUAUCAAGCAUCCGGUCUCGCUCAUGGCCUUCACUUUGUUGGUUUCCAUCUAUAUCUUACUUUAUUACCUCCAGGAGGACGAAGAGCCGAUCAAGCUGUUCUGUUGUCAGAUCAGUGAUAAGAUGAUUCGGAUCGUCAAGACUUGCUUGUUUUUGUUAACCAUGGCUCUUCUCGUCGUGACCAACUCGUCGUACGUGAUCUACGGUUGGCCGUUGGUGAUCGUAUAUGUUCCGAUCUUGAUCCAUACGGUGGUUCGGAAGACGGAAGAUCUAUUCUUGGGUGAAGAGGCAGCGACGAUGACUGAGACUUAUGGGAGCUCUCUCCGUUUACAUGUCAUGUUCGUUCUCUUUAAUUUGUACUUGAGCUUUGGUUAAGGGUGAGGAACGUUACGAGUUUAAGAGUUUGGUAUGAUUGUUUGGCCGAACGUAUUGGCUUAUUAUAUACAUUCAAACGUCUCCUGUUUCGUUUUUCAUUUUUUUCCGGCAAACUUUAGUCCCGCCGGACACCAUGCAAUCUCCGAUUUGCCACCAAUUUUAAGGGAUAUUAAAUAGUAUUUUUAA